AUUAAAUAAAAAUUAAAAAAUUUCUCUCGAUAACUAAGGGGAUAGCUUAAUGUUUAACUAGUUAAUUUUUUUUAACAAAUCUGAGUUUUGUCGUUAAAGCAGAAAAAUGUCUAAAACCGAUGAAGAAAAAACUGUUGAAAUUAUAAAAUCAACAGAAGAGGUAGCCGACAAGAUACUCAUGAACAAACAAGAGUUGGUGGAGCUGGAUAAGCGAAGGCAACAAACUCGUGAAGCAAUACGGGAGCUUGAAAAGAAUGCGGAUAAGGUCGAAAAGAAAGUUUGGAUUACGAUAGGCAGCAUGCUGGUAAAGUUAGAAAGAGAAAAAGCACUGAAGUUACUGAAAAAUGAUCAAAAACAAAUCGAACGAGAAAUAAAUAUUAUCAGCUCAGAUCAAAAGAUAUUGGUCAACAAACAUCGAGAUUUAGAGCAUUUUUCACCUUACUCAGGCACACAACUGAAAGCGCUCAAUCGAAAAGAAUUCGCGGCACUAAAAGCUAAUCUCCCACUUUUGUAACAAAACAAAAUAUAAGUAAAAAUUAAAUUCAAAUUAAUUAAAUAAAAAAAAAAUAGUAAGAGAUACUUUUGAAUUAAUAAAAAAAAACAUAUUUUAAUUUCUCACACAGAUUUUUAAUACUUAAAUUUAUGCCUACCGUAAUUGUUAAAUAAAAUGCUAUAUUUAAUUGCAUUAAA